CUCGGAGGGUGGUAACUGUAUCACGAGUCCUGUUACGCAAGCAGGAAGGACUGUUUUUUUUAUAGCCAGAAGAAGCUCUAGUUUUCAUCACGCGCAGCAGAGGCCUCUUCAUUCAUAUCAGUCCCGUCAUGGCCGAAGUGGACGAGUCUCAGUUUUCUAUCAUGAGUCUGGAGGAUGAGCUGACCUGCAGCAUCUGUCUGAGCACCUUUGACUGUCCGGUCACUAUCCCCUGCGGACACAACUUCUGCCAGGACUGCCUGCUCGCCAGCUGGGAGGACUCGUACAGCUGCCCUCAGUGUCGGACCGUGUUCGACACCAAACCCGAGCUGAAGAAAAACACGGUCCUCAUCGCCGUCGUGGAGACCUUUAAAUUGAGAUCGAGCAAGAGCGAAGACAACCUGAAUGAAGAGGAGAGCGAAGAGGAGAGAGGCGAGGAGAGCGAAGAGGAGAGAGGAGAGGAGAGCGAAGAAGAGAGAGGAGAGGAGAGCGAAGAAGCGAGCGAAGGGGAGAGCGAAGAAGAGAGCGAAGAGGGGAGCGAAGAAGUGAGUGAAGAGGAGAGCGAAGAAGAGAGAGAAGAAGAGAGCGAAGCGGAGAAAGACGAUGUCAUCCGCUGUGAUACCUGCAUGGAAGCAGAAGCAUCGAAGACCUGCCUCACCUGCAUGGCGUCUUACUGUGAGGAGCACCUGCGCCCUCACCGGGAAAACCCCGUCUUCCAUCUCCACGAGCUGAGCGAGCCUGUCGGGGACCUGUCGGAGCGCAUCUGCUCCGACCACCACAAGCUGAUGGAGUUCUUCUGCAGCCAGCAUGACCGUCUGAUUUGCAGCUUCUGCCUCCAGCAUAUCCACAAAGGAUGCUCCUUCCUAACUCCGGAGGAGCAGAGGAACCUGAAAGAGUCUGACCUCAGAGACAAGUUGGGUUUGCUGAACGAGAAAAUGGAGAAGACUGAAAAUGUUGUGUUUCAAAUGAACAACAUGCAGAGCAAGCUGAAGGAUGGAGCAAACAAAAGAAAGAUGGCACUCGCAGCUGUUUAUCAGCAGAUGAGGGACAUCUUGGCUCAAGAUGAACGCGAGGCCCAAACUGAGGUGGACCGUGAGCUGGAGCUCGGUCAGAUGAAACUUCGGGAUCUCACAAAGAAGUUCGAUGAAAACUAUAAUAGGAUGGGAAAAGCCAGAGACGAUAUCAACAAGCUGCUGAGUCAAUCCCAAACCUCGGCUUUUCUACAGGCUUCAGUUGUGUUGCCCAAAGUUGUAAAGUUUGAGCCUCACGUGCCUCGAAUCACCCUGGACUCCAAGAAGGUGAUAGCGACGCAGAGCUUUGCUGCAGCUCUGAGGGAGACUCUGAUGGAGAUGCUUAAAGAGCCAGUUGAGGCCAGAUUACCAUUCUUUAAAGCAGAUCUUAACGCUGGCACUGGUGCAUUUGGGGAUUCUGGUGAGAAAGCAGCUCCUGUCUCCAGACCAGAAAGAGCUGGAGGUACUGAAUCCCAGGCAAAUUCUGCAGCGCCUCAGCAGACAAGCAACCCCACGUUCCAAAGUCCACCCAUCCAGCCAUACUACCAGCCGGUUCCUAUCCCUGUUUUUAUUAGACCACAGCAAAGAUGGAAUCCACCCCAUUAUCCACAGGCCCAACCUCGAUUGCAACAUUUUGGGCAACCUCGAUUUUAUGCCCAACAAAAGACAACUCAAGACAGAAAGCCGCACAGUGCUCCUGGAGGAGGUAAACCAGCCGGGAAAGGAUCUGAUUUCACCAAGAAAGAUAAACCCAAAGGCUAUGCUCCUUCUGAGAAAUCAAAUCCAGACAGGAGGCCGCACAGCGCUGCUGGAGGGCACAAGCCUUCAGGAUCUGGGAAAGGAUCUGAUUUCACCAAGAAAGAUAAAUCUAAAGAUAAGCCCAAAGGCCAUCCUCCUUCUGAGAAAUCAAAUCCAGACAGGAGGCCGCACAGCGCUGCUGGAGGGCAUAAGUCUUCAGGAUCUGGGAAAGGAUCUGAUUUCACCAAGAAAGAUAAACCCAAAGGCCAUGCUUCUUCAGGCACACAACACUCACGUCCGCAUAAAAAUCAGAAGUAGAACCAAUAUUUGAUUUUGAUCUGAAGCAUGAGGGCAUUAUGAGAUUUGUGUAUCUAUCUAUCGGAUUCUAAUUAAAAAUUUUUAUUAACAACAUUUAAGGUCUAGAGAGCCAGUUUCUUUCCUGUAUUAGAUAAGAUAGUUGGCACACAACUCCACUCAUACUUGAUUAAUAAUAAUCUGUAUGAACAGUUCCAGUCUGGUUUUCGCCCCUCCCAUAACACUGAAACAGCACUUAUAAAAAUAACCAGUGAUCUUCUUACUGCAGCUGACUCUGGUUUACUUUCCUUUCUUAUUCUCCUCGAUCUGAGUGCUGCUUUCGACACUAUCUCUCACUCCAUUCUCUUUAGUAGGUUAGUCUCCGUCGGUCUCUCCCAUACUCCAAAUCAUAUUUGUCUGAUCGCACUCAGUUUAUUUGACUUAAAUCCUUUACUUCUCAGCCCUUUCCUCUGGUCAUUGGUGUGCCCCAGGGAUCUGUCCUGGGGCCCCUUCUUUUCAUUAUGUGUGCCUAUGCCAAGAGGCACACAUAUUACUGCCGAUCGACCGGUGUUUGCUAACGCGGAGGUCAAUCGUGGAUCAGGGAAAGCGAAGGCA